AUGAGUUCAUUCACGCCCAAACGAAAGGCGCGCGUCAUCAAAGUCCACGAUGACGACGAGGACGAUGCGUCAAAGUCUUCGCCGACAGGCCAAGAGCCCGUGAAGGAUGAGGGUGCGCCGAUAUCAGUAAAAUUCACAAGAAAACCUUUUCGCCAGUCUGGAUUGCGCAAGAGCAUCAACUUCAACGAGGUCGACGACUCCAAUGGCGGCGCUGCUGUCAACGAUUCCGUCAAAGCCAAGGCCCCAGCGCAAGACGAGGAGGAAGACGACGGCCCUGUUGUGGUCCGUCCGACAGUCAGCCGAUCGGGUUCCCUGAAGCAAAAGAAGCGACAAUCGUCCUCGAGACUAUCCUUCGGCGGCAAUAAGGGGGACGACGAUGGCGAUGAUGGUGCAAAGACGGGGUACACCACGCCUAAAAAAUCGACGACGCUGGGUCACCAGGCUCUCGAGAACAGCGCGCUCAAGAACCGUCUUCCGAUGCGAUCAUUCCGCGACGAGGACGAGGAUCGACCGAAGUACAGCAAGGAGUACCUUGACGAACUCCAGAACUCGACGCCGAAUACACCCCAGCACCUCGCUUCUCAGCGCAUGCAGGAAGAGGAUGGAAUGGACCUGGACCCCUCUGAGCUGGAGGGCGCCAUGAUUGUCAACUCGGACGAGUUGAGCUCGCGGCCGCAGCAGACGAACAUCUUGACCGAGGCGGAAAUUCAGGAGAGGAAACAACGGAGGGCGAGGUUGGCGCAGGAAGAGCAAGCCGACGACUUCAUAUCCUUCGAUGAUGACAAUGGUGGGGCAUCGCUGCGCAAAAAGAAGGACGACACACGACUAGUUCGUGAGGAUGAAGAUCUGGGCGAGGGUUUCGACGAUUUUGUCGAAGAUGGUGGCCUUUCGCUGGGCAGGAAGGCGGUGAACGAGGAGAAGCUCCGUCGCCGGCGCGAGAUGGCUGAGCAGAUCAAGAUGGCCGAGGGCGACUCGGGCGAUGAGUCGGAUGCGUCCGAAGCAGAACGGCGCGCUGCGUUCGAGGCGGCGCAGACGCGGUCUGGCAUGGAUGGACUGGAGAAGCCACAGCAUAACCCGGCCGAGCAGCUUUUGCAGGUCCCGCCCAAAAUCACACCACUGCCGAGCCUGACAGAAUGUUUGUCCAAGCUGCAGAUGACGAUGCAGGCGAUGGAAAGGGAGCUCGCGGACAAGCAGAAGCGGGUGGAGGAACUGAGACGGGAGAAGGAGGGCAUUUCGACGAGAAAGGACGAAGUACAACAGCUGCUCAACGAAGCUGGACAGAAGUACACGAGCGCAGUGGGCACUUCGUCGGCUGCGGAAUCCGCUGCGCAGUCGCCGGCUAGGCAGAUCACGAAUGCCGGCGCAAGCGAGCUCAAGGUCGAAAGGGGUCUGGAAAGCCUCGGAGCAACACCAAACGAGCGCCCCGAUCCUGAGGACCUGGGCUAA